AUGAUUAUUCCAAUUCGUUGUUUUACAUGUGGCAAAGUUAUUGGCAACAAAUGGGAAGCAUACAUUGAAUUAUUACGAUGUGAAUAUACAGAAGGUGAUGCACUUGAUGUGCUUGGUCUUAAACGAUAUUGUUGUCGUCAACAAAAAAUGAUUAUUCCAAUUCGUUGUUUUACAUGUGGCAAAGUUAUUGGCAACAAAUGGGAAGCAUAUAUUGAAUUAUUACGAUGUGAAUAUACAGAAGGUGAUGCACUCGAUACAUUGCAUCUUCGAAGAUAUUGCUGUCGUCGUAUGUUGCUAUCGCAUGUUGAUCUCAUUGAAAAACUAUUAAAUUAUACACCAUUAGAAAAAUUGAGCUAA